AUGACAACUACAAGAUCCAUCAUCCCACUCCUCAACCGCCUCCUCUCCAGAUCUCAACCGUCCAGAUCCGUAACCUACAUGCACCGUCCCGGCGAUGGCUCCCCUCGCCCGGUAACCCUCAUACCGGGCGACGGCGUCGGGCCUCUGGUCACCGACGCCGUGGAACAGGUCAUGGAGGCCAUGCACGCUCCGGUGUACUUCGAGAAAUUCGAAGUGCACGGGACCAUGAAGAAGUUUCCAGAAGAGGUUCUGGAUUCGAUUCGAAAGAACAAGGUGUGCAUAAAGGGAGGUCUGGCCACGCCGAUGGGCGGUGGCGUGAACUCCCUGAACGUGUAUCUAAGGAAGGAGCUUGAUCUCUACGCUUCGUUGGUGAAUUGCUUCAAUAUGAGAGGGUUGCCGACGAGGCAUGAAAAUGUGGACAUUGUUGUGAUUAGAGAGAACACUGAAGGUGAAUAUGCUGGCCUUGAACAUGAGGUUGUGCCUGGUGUUGUUGAAAGUCUUAAGGUGAUAACGAAGUUCUGUUCGGAGAGAAUAGCAUCAUAUGCAUUCGAGUAUGCGUAUCUGAACAACAGAAAGAAGGUGACAGCGGUGCACAAAGCAAACAUAAUGAAGCUAGCAGAUGGUCUGUUCUUGGAAGCAUGCAGAGAGGUUGCACAAAAGUAUCCUGCAAUCCAAUACAAUGAAAUCAUUGUUGAUAAUUGUUGCAUGCAGCUUGUUUCAAAGCCUGAGCAGUUUGAUGUCAUGGUGACUCCCAAUCUUUAUGGAAAUCUAGUUGCAAAUACUGCAGCAGGCAUUUGUGGAGGCACAGGAGUCAUGCCUGGAGGUAAUGUUGGUGCUGAACAUGCUGUGUUUGAGCAAGGAGCUUCAGCUGGAAAUGUUGGAAAGGAUUCAAUUGUUGCACAAAAAACAGCAAACCCAGUUGCACUUCUUCUCUCUUCUGCAAUGAUGCUUAGGCAUCUUCAGUUUCCUGCAUUUGCUGACAGAUUAGAAACUGCUGUUCAAAAAGUCAUUCUUCAAGGCAAAGUCAGAACAAAGGAUCUUGGAGGAUCAAGUACCACCCAAGAGGUUGUUGAUGCAGUAAUAGAUGCUUUAGAUUAA